GAUAAAGUAUCUGAGUAAAAACUCUCCUUGUGGUGGAUAUAUAGACCCUGGCAUCAGUAAAGGUAGUGGUAGGUGACGUUCACACGUCUUUACUUAUUUUUAAACUACAGUGAAAACCUUGAUACAAUUCUCACAGCAACCAAAGCUGUACACGUAUGCUUUGCUAUGAAUGGUUGUAAACAAUGACACCAAUAUUCGGUGUGCGGAAAAUCUAAUGGCAAACCCCGCUGACAUAAUACAAGUUCUGUUUCUGACAAUAGUAAUGGCGUUAUCCUUAUUAGGAAAUUUUUCCAUUUUGUACGUCAUUCUUCGUGUUCGGCGUCUGCAUUGUCCAACUGGAUUUCUAUUGGUUAAUUUGGCGAUGAUCGACAUUAUGAUGACAGUGACUUUGCUUCCCAUACGUAUUCCUGGUAUCCUAGUGGAGUCUCGUGUAUUUAACGAGACCAGUUGUAUGAUCAUUGGAUAUAUACAAAACCUCUUGAGCUACGCAUGCGUACUGACUGUAGUGGCUAUAAGCUUGGAUAGGUACUUGGCAAUAGUUCUCCCUCUUCGAUAUAAGUCGCGCGUGACUGGCUCUAGGACGACCAUUGCUAUUACGUGCAUAUGGGUGUUUUCGAUUCUUUGCUCGUGUUUUCCAUUUGUAGGAUUUGGAAAAUAUUCAUUCAUUCCUGGCCUGUGGUUAUGCGAUUCAAUUUAUCAAACUAACACAGGAUUUACGUACUUCAAACUGUCGUCUAGUUAUUUCGUACCUUUAAUUAUCAUAUCAUAUUUGUACUUCAAGAUAUUCAGAGUAUCACGACAUCACUCCAAGCAAAUACGACGCGAAGUCGAGGCUAUGAACUUCAGAGAAAAUUCUGUUUCCGUGGAGGUGGAGACACAAGUUGGUAAAAUCAACGACGUUUCAGGACAGUUUUGUCUCAGAAAACCUCACUCCGCCCUAAAAUCAGAAGUUAAAACUGCGUUAACUUUGGGGUUCGUAGUGGGGGCGUUAUUUGUAUCCUGGGCACCACAUAUUGUACUCACGGUCUGGACGUCUUGUAGCGCACAAAACAAUCACAUGGUGGCCUACGAAGUCUCAUCGUUCAUGUAUUAUUUGAAUGUAAUGAUAAAUCCUUAUAUCUAUGGAUAUUUGAACAGAACUAUUAAAUCACAGCUCAAGAAAUAUAUCAAUAAUGCCAUCGAUCAUUGUUCGUCGCUUUGUGCUAAGACUAACAAAGUUACCCCUUCUAUUAUUAUCAUUGGACCUGGUGAAGAAACGCGAACUGGAAACUUCUGACUACUUCUCCAAUCGCGCAAAGGAUCUCUGGGAUUUCUAAUGACACCUAGUUCGAACGUCGUCCUGUCAAGAAUCUUAUAUUUCUUGAUCAGCGCACUUCCUGUUAACCACACACAAAAGCGCUAUUAUAAACGUUUCAUUUUAUCAUGCUUGACCCUGCUUAUGUUGUGAAUGGUUUAUUGCAAACAUACGGAUCUACUGUUUAUUGUUUUUGUCAUAUAUUUUGUUUUAAUAGUGCGCUCUCUAAAUGGCUAACGUUCUAUAGCGCGCCCAAAUACACGGCCACCUUGCUACUAAUAUAGAUGCAGCAAGUUUGAAGUAAAAAAAUCGUGGAGAAAUAACCACGUGAUCCCUUGAGUUGUACAUACAUCAAUGACGUGCACUUUCAUAUUCAAAAUUAUAUCAAAUAUUGUUCAAUAGCGAAUUUUAUUGUAAAUAGAAAUAUGUAAAUACAUCCAGACAUGAUGAAUAUUCUCAGUAAAAAAAUUAUUUAUAAAUUCA